AUGGCACUAUAUGGGACUUCUGACGUUUUGAUGUGCAGGGCGUUUCCUACGACUCUGAGGGGGCCAGCUCGUGCAUGGUAUAGCGGCCUGAAGACCGGGACGAUCAACUCCUUUGAUCAGCUCGUCAGAGACUUCAAGCUUAACUUCCUGGCUUAUUCCCGACCGAAGCCGUCCGUUGCAUUACUCCUCAGACUCAACCAAAGGGAGGACGAGCCCCUCUCCCAUUUUGUGAAUUGCUUUACAACACAAAUUCGAGGGCUGUUGGACGCUCAUCCCUCUCUGUUAAUGCAGGCGUUUAUGAUAGGCCUGCGACCUUCCAGAUUCUUCUGGUCUCUCGUGGAGCGACCCCCCACCGCAGUACCCGAGAUGCUUCAACGGGCGAACCAGUUCAUUGCUGUCGAGGCCUGGAUGGCCGGGAAACGGGACGAGCAUAAACGGAGCAGGUCGGAGCCGACUCGGGGACAGUCGUUUACCACGCCGAGGCACCGGUUGGACCGUCAUGACCCGUCGGCGUCAAGACCCCCGCUUCCCGCCUUCGGCGCGUCCCAGAUAGAGAUAUUUCUCCAGAUAAGGGAGAAGGGGGCUGCUCAAAAACCCCAACCCGAUGAGAAGCCCGCGGGAAAUUGCAGACCGAUUAAAGUACUGCCACUUCCACCGACAGAAUGGGCAUGA